UCAUCACCGAAACCGAAAGUACUCUUGAACAGCGCUAAAGGAAGUUAUCCCAUUCUGGCAAACCCGAGUUCAGCGGGAUGUGUUAGUGCUCAGUGUUUAGUGCUCUUUGUGUUAAUUAGUCACUAAACAUGUGACUUUUUCACGAAAGCGAGGAGAAGGAAUUGUGUGUGUUUGUCAGGACAAGACAAUUUUCAGCUAAUUAAACUGGAAAAGUUUCACAGUGAAACAGCAUGGUGUGCUCUUCAGUCAUCCGGUGUUUCUUUGACUACUCCACUCCUAAAAUCUUAGUGAUCCAGAGUAACAAAGUGGGAGCUAUUAACCGCCUGGGCCAGGCUCUGGUUAUAGCAUAUAUUGUAGGAUAUGUGUGCAUUCUGAAGAAAGGCUACCAGGACACUGACUCUGUCAUCAGCUCAGUCACUACCAAGGUGAAGGGUCUAGCGCUGACCAACACAACGGACUUGGGCCUGCGGGUUUGGGACGAGGCCGACUACAUUGUGCCCCCUCAGGAGGAGAAUUCAUUCUUUGUGUUGACAAACCUGAACAUCACACCAAACCAAACACAGUCACGAUGUGCUGAGAAUCCUGGACCUGAAACAUCAUGCACCUCGGAUCGAGACUGUAAGAGAGGAUUUCAUGACAGUCGCCGAAAUGGUGUGCAGACAGGCAGGUGUGUGAACUUUUCAGAGUCAGAGAAGACGUGUGAGGUGUUUGCCUGGUGUCCUCUGGAGAAAAGCACAAAUCCUCCAAAACCUCCAAUGCUAGCAGAAGCAGAAAACUUCACUGUCCUAAUAAAGAACAAUAUUCGAUACCCCAAAUUCAAUUUCAACAAACGAAACAUACUGUCCCAUGUAAACAGCACCUACUUGUCUCAUUGUGUGUUUAACCGUAAAACGGAUCCAGACUGCCCAAUCUUUAGACUCGGAGACAUCGUGUCUGAAGCCAAUGAGGAUUUCCAGACCAUGGCAGUUCAGGGAGGAGUGAUGGGAGUGCAGAUCCGCUGGGACUGUGAUCUGGACUUGUCCGAAAAGUCGUGUGUCCCUCAAUAUGCAUUCCGCAGAUUAGAUAAUAAGGAUCCGGACAACGUUGCCCCAGGAUACAACUUCAGGUUUGCAAAAUAUUACAAAAAUGCAGAGGGCCAGGAGAUCAGGACGUUAAUCAAAGGCUACGGCAUCCGCUUUGAUGUUAUGGUCUUUGGAAAUGCAGGGAAAUUCAACAUUAUCCCAACUUUGCUCAACAUCGGGGCUGGCUUGGCACUCCUUGGCCUGCCUAUUACCCCCAAUACAAGUUAUGAAGUUCAUCCAGGAAGUUUGACCGUUGUGGUUUUCCAGGUGAAUGUGGUGUGUGACUGGAUUACUCUGACUUGCAUGCAAAAAAGAAACUAUUACAGAGAACAGAAAUAUACUUAUGUCAAUGACUUUGAGAUCGUGAGUAUUAUUAUUUUUUCGUUUCUUAGGGUUUUUUUUUCAGUCUGUACAGACAUCAUACAUUGCAUGUGGUGCUUAGUGCUGCAUGUACUUACAUUACAUUACUAAACCUAGUUUACACUGGGGAUAUGGUGGAUUUUUCUAGCAAUAUGUUUAACUAGCAUUCAGACAACCUAAUCUGUACAAAUGCUCAAUUCGUGCAUUUCUUUGUC